AUGUUUAAAAACUUUAUUGGUAGAACAUCAGGUUUGGUUAGAUCAUCGAUGAUCAACAACAACAACAGCUAUAUCACAAAGAGAACAUUUGCAAGUGAAGGAGCAGCAGUCAACGCUGACGAUCUCUUGUCAUUCUCAUUCAUGGUACCACACCAAAUUCUCUUCAAGAACAAGAAGGUCCAAAUGCUCACAUUGCCAGGUGCUCGUGGUGUCUUUGGUGUUCUCAAGAAUCACAUCCCAAAGAUUGCAGAGUUGAAGCCAGGUGUUGUUCAAGUUCACCACGAGAGCGGUGACGUUGAUAAAUACUUUAUCAGCGGUGGAUUCGCUUUCAUCAACCCAGAUGCCUCAUGCUAUAUCAACGCCGUCGAAGCCGUACCAGUCGACCAAUUGGACGCAAACGAAGUCAAGAAUGGUCUUGCUCGUUACACUCAACUCUACAACGAAGCAUCCGACGAAGCUGCCAAGGCUACCGCUCUCAUCGGUUUGGAGGCUCACCAACAGAUGGCAUAUGCAUGUGGUGUUUCUCUUUAA